AUGAACGCCGCCAACGGCCUCGCGCCCACGAACUCACUGGUUGGCCCCAUGCUCACGGACCUCUACCAAAUCACCAUGGUCUACGCGUACUGGAAAGUCGGUCGCCACAAUGACCACGCCGUGUUCGACCUCUUCUUCCGCAAGAACCCCUUCCACGGCGAGUACACUGUGUUUGCCGGCCUCGAAGAAGCGCUCGCGAUGAUCAACACGUUUGCCUUCACGCCGAGCGACAUUGGCUACCUCCGCGAGGUGCUGCCCCACGCUGAAGACGGCUUCUUCCACUGGCUCGCAACGCUCGACUGCACCAGUGUCAAGGUGUACGCUGUGAAGGAAGGCUCGAUUGUGUUUCCGCGCAUCCCCUUGGUCCGCAUCGAAGGAGGGCUGGCUGUAGGACAGCUGCUCGAGACGCCGCUGCUCAACUUGCUCAACUUUGCCAGUCUCAUCACGACCAAUGCCACGCGGUUCAAGAAAGCAGCAGGAGCCGACAAGAAGCUGCUCGAGUUUGGACUGCGACGUGCACAGGGUCCAGAUGGCGGUCUGAGCGCCUCGCGGUACUCGUACAUGGCUGGCUUUACAGGCACGAGCAACGUGCUGGCGGGCAAGCUCCACAACAUCCCCGUCAUGGGCACCCAUGCACACGCCUUUGUGCAGGCGCACACGACGCUCGAGGACGUCAAGGUCACGGCGUUGAGUGGGAAGAACUUCCUAGACGUGGUGCUCAAGUACCGCACGGAGCUCCGCCAUACACAGACCAACGAUGGAGAGCUCGCUGCGUUCAUCUCGUAUGCGAUUGCAUUCCCCGACGCGUUCCUGGCUCUCGUUGACACUUACGACACGCUGUCGUCCGGCGUGCCAAACUUCAUUUGCGUCGCACUAGCACUACACGAGCUCGGCCACCAUCCAGUUGGUAUCCGUCUGGACAGCGGCGAUCUAUCCUAUCUCUCGAAGCGCUGUCGUGAAGCGUUUGUUGCUGCAAGCGAGCUGUACGACAUCGACUACUUCAAGGACCUGAACAUCACUGCUAGCAACGACAUUAAUGAAGCAGUGCUCAAUUCACUGAACGAACAGCGCCACGAGAUCGACUCGUAUGGGAUCGGAACACACCUCGUCACGUGCCAGGCUCAACCGGCGCUCGGCAUGGUGUACAAGCUAGUGGAGAUCAACAACGAGCCGCGCAUCAAGCUUUCCCAGGAUGUUAGCAAGGUGACGAUCCCUGGACGCAAAGAAGCUUACCGCCUGAUUGGCGCAAACGGCAAGCCGCUGCUGGACCUGAUGACCGGCGUCAACGAGCAACCGCCGCAAGUUGGGAGGAAGAUGCUGUGUCGGAACCCGUUCGAUGAGCUCCGACGCGCGUACGUGACGCCAUCUCAAGUCAUCUCGUUGCACAGUCUGUACUGGGACGGUCCCAACGGAGGUAUCGUCGGUGAGCUGCCCACUCUAGAGGCCCGUCGUCAGUACGUUACGGAGCAGUUCGAGCUGAUCCGCGAGGACGUGAUCAGGUCGCUCAACCCGACGCCGUACAAAGUGUCCGUGUCCGAUGAACUGUACGAGUUCAUUCACGACCUAUGGAUGAAGGAGUACCCCGUGCAAGAGUUGGAAUAA